AGACUGCUAAUGAUAUGUGCGAUUUUUCGUGUGGCACAACUAGAAUCCUCGACGCUAGGGGAAUCUACUGCUUCCGUAAUGUUGCGUGACUUCCGGCAUCCUUUUGCACCGUCGCUCAUUCUACUGGCUGCUACUAGCUCCGAGGGUGAUCGGCUUCUACGAGUCAUCCUGCAGCAAGUUAUUGUUCGAUUGGAUGGAGCCGUUACGCUGCGGCUUGACGUAUUAUCUGAGCAACGCAUUCGAAGGCCUUCCAUUCGCACAGUGAUGUUCAUCGAUGGCUAUGAGGCGUUUCAACGACUGUACGCGAGCUUGUCGGUCGAGAAGUUCGACUUCUCCGGGAGAUACUUGAUUGUCUGCAGUGUAUCGGUCGACGAAGAGCUUGCCCGUAGCAUAUUCGGAGAUCUGUGGAGCUUGCAGAUCAUCAACGUUGUACUGAUUGGGCACGGAGACAGCGGACCUCACAUGUGGUCGUACGAACCAUACGCCGCUGGACGUUGUGCUAUGGUGAACCUGAUGGCCUUGAAGCCCUCUGAUAAGCAUUAUCCGGACAAGACAUUGAUGUACCACGGUUGUCCCUUUAAGGUGGGCUCAUUCGAGACUCGCCCUUUCACGAUCAUGGAACGCUCCGAUACGGAACCGCUCAAGAUGAGUGGCUUCGAAGGUGAUCUGCUGGACACUUUGAAGGAGAAACUCAACUUCACCGUUCAAAUACUCGAACCUGAGAAUGGUGAGCAGUGGGGCUAUGCGCUACCUCGGAACAGCACCGGAAUGAUGCGCAUGAUCCAGGAAGGGGAGGUCGAUUUUGGAAUUUCCUGUUUGGGGAUAUCCGUGGCUAGGAGUGCGAUAUUGAAAGCUGGUUUGGCACACUAUACUACAUCUCUGGUGCUGGCAGUGCCUAAAGGGCGUUCGUACACGGCUUUCGAGAAGCUUUUCAGACCUUUCGAGGCUAACGUUUGGUGGAUUACGGUCACUGUGAUUGCUGGAGCAGCGUUCGUUAUCGCUAGCAUUGAGCUCCGAAACCAAUCAGUGAGGAAUUUUGUCUACGGUCAACAGACGCACACUCCGUAUCUCAACCUGGUUCAGAUAUUCUUCGGAAUUGCAAUGCACCUGCUGCCAAGCCGAAACUUUGCCCGAACUCUUUUGAUCUUCUGGAUCUACUUCUGCUUCGUCAUUAGAUCGCUCUACCAAAGUGCACUGUUCCGGUAUCUUCAGCAGGAAUUGACGUUUCCUCCAUCGCGAUCGAUGGCCGAGAUCGACCAAACGAAGGCCUUGUACUACGUGGUAGAGAGUGGUGAACGCUACUACGAAGCAUUUCCGGAUCGUCUACUGAGAGUCCGACAUCUUCCUCAGGAGAAGAACAACAUCAUCAAUCGCUUGGCAUGGAUGAUUCAUCAUCCGGAUUCCCCGGACGUAGUUCAGGGCUGUUUGGACCACAUGGCCCACCACAAUUGGCUGUGGGGCCGCAAGGGUGGACGCGUCGACGUUUGCCCGGAGUUCAUUUCAACCUUCACCGUUACGAUCUACUACCCGAAGAAGUCGAUGCUGACGGGACAGUUCAACAGGCAAAUCCAGUGGAUCAUGGCUUCGGGGCUGAUGAGCUACUGGAUCAACCUGUACGGGGACUACGACUUCAAACGGGUCCAGACGAACGCUGGAUCCGAACCGAGACAGCUGAGCAAUGGGCACUUGGCGGUGAUGUACGAAAUGUGCGGUGCCCUGUUCGGUCUCAGCUUGGUGAUCUUUGGGCUGGAGUUGGUCUCCCGGAAGGUUGAGUGGUUGAUGAGCGUCCUGGAGCGAUUGAGCGGUAUGGGGGACUUCAGGGAAUGAGGUCGGGUUUUUCGAACUUAAGCAUUGAUGUAUGAGAAUUGCUAGAUGGACUCGAGAGGACAUGCUGUAACGAUUACAUAUAGGUGUUCAACAGAAAUGUUUGCGAUGUUCUAUCUUGCCUUGC